AUCCUUCCAUGAAAAAGUCAUCACUAUUCAGCAUCCCUAGAGAGACGGUCUAUGUGUGUCGGUCUGUGCGUGCAAGUGUCCUCCUGCUGCUGCGAGUCUGGUGUUACUCUGCCGGAAAACCUUCAGAGUUUUAGCUUUCAGCGGGGACAUCAAUCAAAGAUCCCAUUUUUCGACCUGGGGGGGGAGGGGCUCUUCAAAUUGAGAGAGAAAUGUAUGCAGACACUGGGCUAAUGUUCCCUUGCUUCCAGAAUCUGUACCAAGAAGCUCAACAGUUCGACGACUUCUGCAAACCCCAGAAGCCCAAUGCUUCUUUGAGCAAACUUUUUCAGUCCUCCACCAUAAUGGAGUACGACUUAGGUGGAGAAGGAGAUCUGUUCAAAGCUCCAGAACCCAUAAUCGAAGAACCGAUCAUCGGACUCGAUCCAAUGGCUGCGGCCAUUUCGAUGAUAUCUUGCGGGGAAGAUUCCAUCUUGGCCCAAGAUCUUAAGGUUGCAGAUAUUGCCUCACUUCAGAAUGAGCCUCUCUUCAGCGAAGUCUUCUAUGACUGUCGUAAAGACCUGCUGGAAAAGGCAGCGACAGAGGCAACUUUCUCUGAGGCCUUGCAGAUUAAGAUUCCACCACUGAAGAUUGAUGAAAAUCAGUCCGUGGUAAAUGAACUUACUCUCGAUUUACCUUUUCAAAAGAGCGUCAGCUCAGGAUGUCUGAGCUCGAUUCAGGGAGCUGCUCUGAAACCGAACUUUCUUGGCUUUUCUGGGCUGGAUUUUGGAGCUGUUUAUGGGAUGCGGAGGGCAUUCAGUGAAGGAGACAUCAAGACUCUUAGUAACGGUAAUAAUGGUAAUGGUAAUGGUAAUGGUGAUACUAGCCUAAUCCAUUCUCCUCUUGAGCGGCCGAUACUCAUCAGCAACUGCACCUCAGAAGAGCGUAAGGAGAAGCUCUCAAGAUACAGAAACAAGAAGACAAAGAGGAACUUCGGGAGGAAGAUCAAGUAUGCUUGCAGGAAGGCCCUAGCUGACAGUCAGCCUAGGAUCCGAGGAAGAUUUGCAAAGACCGAGGAGUCCGACAUCUCCAAGAAGCAAUAACUGUUUGACCUACUCCUGCUAAAAUAACAAGGAAGCUGUAGGGGAUGAAGUUAGCUUUAUAGGUUAUGAUGAAUUUACCGAAGAAACGAUGGUGCUGACGAUGAGUAGUAAGGCGGCAUGAGCGCUAGAACACUUUGGUAGUGUUCUUCACUUGAGAAACCAAAACCUGUAAGGCUAGUACUAUAGUAACUUUCUCGUAAGACCCGGUAAGUAUCCAAAUGGUGUAUAUAUGGGGGGUUGGGUUUGUUUAAUAAAGAAGAGCCUGCGGUGGAAUGGUAAGUGUGAUGUACCCUACCCUCUUUCAUGUUUAAAUAUGCUUAGUUAAAUUAAUAAAAGGUGAAAGUCGGCUGUGAUUUUGUGGA